CCUCAGAAAGUGCGUAUACUGAGAGUCCAGGACUAGAUACAACCAUGGGAGUGACACUGGAGAGAGUACAGAACAAGUUUGCCUGUAUUAUUGGAGAACUCUGCAGUGAGCCUGUCAUCUUGUCACAGUUCGCAAUAUGGGUGGACCUGAGGAUAGCAGAGUACAAGGCGAAAGGAGCUAUAUCAUUAGAAAUAUCUGGAGAAGACCCUGAUCCCAGCUGGCUGAGAGGUCAUAAACCAUCAGUGCCUCCUGUUGAGUCAAGGGACAGAACUCCUGACAUGUAUGAUCCCACAGGAGGCAGUGAUUCAAACUUCAAUUCAGACAUUGGUCAUGCUCAUCUGGUUGAAGACAGGCUAUCACCAGAGGUCGUCAUGGUGAAGGAUGAACCGGCUGAUUCCGAACACAGGGAAGUCUUCCCGGUCAGUUUACACGGAAACUCCAGUCUUGUCAGCAAUCCUCAACAUAAACGAAAGCAUUCAGGAACUCUCACAUCCGGUUCAAGUAUUCACCACUCGUCAUCAUUAUUAUCGUCAUCCUCGUCACCGGCAAAAAUCCAUCGAUUAUCGCAAUCUUCAAAUCUUAGCACUCCUGGCACCCAGUCUCUCAUGUCUAUAAUUAGUGAUAUACCAGGCAGCAGCAACAACAACAGUGCAAAUCAGAACCUGGACAGUUCCAGGUUAUCAGACACUUCCCAAUCCAAGGGAGAUAACUUCUUGUCAGGGUAUAUGGUGUCGAACCCUGGAAGUCAUUCAGCUCAUUUACAAAACAACUCAAGUGUGCGGAUUCCAGAGGGCCAUGGAACAUCUGACAAUGCAGAUGCUGCACCCGGUCCAUCCGGAAUCAUGACUUCACCAAAGGUCUGUGGGGCGGACUAUGGCGUGCUAGACCAUCACCUCCACCCGCAGCGUUACCCAGACAGGCUCUCCAUACCCGCCAUCAAACAACGCGUCAAUGUCGAGAAUAAGAAAUCCAUGAUGGACAUCGCUAAAUCCGUGGCCACUCUGGAACGUUGGCUGUGGGCCAAGUUCGGCGAGGAGAGGAACAUAGAGGAGAUACCAGCCGCGGAACUGGACUCGUACCUUGCCGAGUUCUAUCCAAUCCUGAGAAAAGAGUCCGGCGAGCCGUAUCACGUUAAAUCCCUCUUCAACCUCCGCUAUUGCUUGGACAGGUUCUUGAGAGAUCGAGGCUAUCAACAUUCCAUCAGUAAGUCACAGGCCUUCGAGAGAAGCCAGUUUGCCUUCAAAGCAGUGAAGAAGGUAACAUUGGCACUCGCCCCUGGGAGCGGCGUGGGAAGUCUCUGGGAGUGAUCCAGGGAUGUCGCCGCGUUGGGGUUAAAGUGGAGUAUUUAUUUGCAGACAGUUGACAGCAGGAGAUGCAAUAUUUAAGUGAUAUACAUGUAGCUGUAUCCAGUGUGCGUAA